AUGGUGAAUGCUGAAUCAAGAAGUAUUAAACAGCAGUAUAACAAGACUAUAGUUCUAGACUCCGAGCCAGUUCAGCCAGUACUUCGGGGCACGACCCUCUCCGUGCGCGCGGCGGGGGACGGGCGGCGGCGGCGGCGCGUGCCAGGGCCCGAGAUUGUAUUUUCGGUUCAGUGCGGGCCGCCCGCCGCCAGCCGCCGCGCCGUGGCACACUGGCACUGCACUCGCCUCACUAAUGAGCCGUACGCGUCCGCGCCAUCCGCGGUGGAUGCUUCAUUAGCGGCCUGGCCGAGUUAUUGUGCCGAGUCGUGCGGUCGAGUGCGCCGCUGCGCGCGGUACGCUGGUACGCAGACCACGUGCGAUGUUAAUCAAUUUUUAAACGGUCGGCGGUCGGCGGGCGGCGGUCGGCGGGCGGCGGUCGGCGGGCGGCGGGCGGCGGGCGGCGGUCGGCGGGCGGCGGGCGGCGGGCGGCGGUCGGCGGUCGGCGGGCGGCGGUCGGCGGGCGGCGGUCGGCGGGCGGCGGGCGGCGGGCGGCGGCGCGGCUGCUCCUCACGUACUUAUGACUUCGUGCUCCCGUUACACAGUUUUACAAGAGAGUUUACGGUGCUGAUUUAUGAGCCAAUAUCUGAGGCCGCGGGGUAG